UACACGGCAUUCAUCACCGGACACAGUGAUGGGCAGCGCUGUUCUGAGAAAUGGAGCACUCCUUGUCGUCUCUUACCGAAGCUGUUGUUUCAACGCACGCUUUCCGAUAUUAGGCUUCUCAUUCCCUCUCAAACAAAGAAAGCAAUGCCCACCAAUAGUAACCGGGAGCAGCUGGUUUCCCUCCAGGAGUUUCUGUGCACCUUCGGAGGCUGCGGAGACCAGCGUUGUCGAUUCUAUACCCUCUUCCUCCUCCUCCGAUCCAAUAAAGGAAGCUGCUGAUGCCUUGGACAUGAGAGUUGGACGUAUCCUAAGAGCCUGGAUGCAUCCAGAAGCUGAUUCCCUCUAUGUCGAAGAGGUAGAUGUGGGCGAACCUGAACCUAGGACGAUAUGCAGUGGUCUUGUCAAAUUCAUCCCUCUAGAGGAGCUUCAGGACACAAAAGUUAUUGUCCUUGCUAAUCUUAAGCCAAGGAACAUGCGUGGUGUCAAGUCAAAUGGGAUGCUUAUGGCUGCUUCUGAUGCAUCACAUGAGAAUGUUGAGCUUCUUUUGCCACCUGAAGGUUCAAUCCCCGGUGAAAGAAUUUGGUUUGGGUCAGAAGAUGAAAAGGAAAAGCAACUAAAUGCUGCUACACCUAAUCAGGUUCAAAAGAAAAAGAUCUGGGAAUCUGUACAGCCUCAUCUCAAGACUACUGAUUCUUGUGUUGCUGUUCUUGGAGGGCAUCCUAUGCCUAUGCGGACGUCAGCUGGCGUGGUAGUGUGUAGGUCUUUGAAGAAUGCAAAUAUAUCCUGAGUAAGCUGCAUCUUUUGUCGCUUUAGCCAGCUUAGUGAUAUUUGUAAUUGCUACGGAUGGCAAGGCCAUCAGAUUGGAAAGAUUUGCUGGUGGUCCUAUUGUCUCCUCAAAAGUUGCUGCUUACCCAAAAAUAGAAACAAAAAGGGUCUCUUGCAACCAAUGCAUUUGAACUGGUAAAAUAUAGCAAGUUUUAUUUUAUGGUUUUCUUUGUGAAAUUCUCCAAAUUUUAGUUUGGUAGCCUAAUCAAAAUUUUAUUUUGGAA